UCCUCCCACUCGAUUUGCUGAUCAAAAGCUUGUUGGGGAACUUUACCUCACUUUUAACACAACUUUACACUGGAUUGGCACUCUGGAUUUGUGUAAUUCUUGGAAUAAAAAGUCUUUAUAGGUUUUCUUGCUUGUAUGAUGCUGCAUUCUUCCACAGUUCUGAGCUGACUGAGGAGGCAGACAGAACACCCUUCACCAGUACUGGAUGAUCUCAGAGGGGUUUGCAGCUUUUCAUCAGAAGAGAAGAUUGAUGGUCACCAUAAACUCUUCCUAAAGCAGCAGUGAAAGAGACGGAUAUGGUAUUGGGAAUGGGAUUUGGGAUUUCUCCCAUCCUAAUACUCCUUGCACUUGGACUUUCCGGAGAGACAACACACGCACAAAGAGCAGGUUGUAAAAAUGUUGAUUAUGACUUGGUCUUCAUCUUGGAUACCUCAUCCAGUGUGGGCAAAGAGAACUUCGAAAAGGUGCGUCAGUGGGUGGCCAACCUAGCGGAAACCUUUGACAUUGGGCCGGAAAAGACCAGAGUUGGUGUGGUUCGCUACAGUGACAGGCCCACAACUGAGUUUGACCUCGGCAGGUACAGGACUGUAGGGGACAUCAAAAGAGCAGCCAGCAACAUUAGAUACGUAGGAGGAAACACCUUCACAGGAGAAGCAAUACGGUAUUUAACAACUCGAAGCUUCACAGAGGCUGCGGGCGCCAGGUCCAGUGCACUGGGCAUCAAGAAAGUCGCCAUCUUGAUGACAGAUGGUAGGAGUCAGGAUUUUGUUCUGGAGCCAUCUAAGGCAGCCCAUCAGGCUGGGAUAAGGCUGUUUGCAGUUGGCAUCGGAGAAGCACUCAAGGAGGAACUGGAGGAGAUUGCAUCCGAGCCCAAGUCUGCUCAUGUUUUCUACGUGUCAGACUUCAAUGCCAUUGACAAGAUAAGAGGGAAGCUGAGGAGACGGCUGUGUGAGAAUGCGCUGUGCCCCAAUAUUAAGGUGGAAGGUGACCAGUUUAAAACUACCAGUGGAGGAAAUACAGAUGAAAUCCCAGGUUUUGACCUAAUGGAUUUUUUCAACGUGAAAGAUCAUUUUGGUAUAAAGGAGGAUGAUGGGCAGAGUUCUUAUGUACGGCUUGGGACUAUGCCUGUCGUUGAGCGGACUGAAGAUGUGUUCCCGCAAGGUCUGCCUGAUGAAUAUGCUUUUGUCACCACAUUUAAGUUCAGAAAAACCUCAAGAAAAGAAGACUGGUACAUAUGGCAGAUCUUCGACAAGUAUGGGAUACCACAGGUGUCCAUCCGGUUGGACGGCCCUAACAAGGCAGUGGAAUACAAUGCUGUCGGAGUGACAAAGGACGCAGUGAGAGCCGUCUUCAAGAGUCCUGCUGUUAGUGACCUGUUUGAUCGCAACUGGCACAAGAUCGCUCUGAGUGUGGAAGCUAAGGCAGUGUCCCUCUACCUCGACUGCAAACUUGUAGAGACGCUGCCUAUCGAGGAGAGGGAGGACAUUGACAUCCAGGGAAAGACGGUCAUUGGAAAGAGACUCUAUGACAGCGUUCCUGUUGACUUUGACCUGCAGAGAAUGGUGGUUUACUGUGACUCCAGGCAUGCAGAGCUUGAGACCUGCUGUGAUAUCCCCUCUGGUCCAUGCCAAGUCAAGUUUGUGACAGAGGCUCCUGUCAUCGAAAUCACUCCAACAGUGAAUGGAGAGCAGCAACGUGGAAACAAGACACUCAACUGCACCUGUCCUGCUGGAGAGAAGGGGGAGGUUGGCCCACCUGGUCUAGCAGGUGCAAAAGGUGAAAAGGGUGAAAGUGGCAGCAGUGGUGCAAUUGGGCCUGCUGGGUUCAAAGGAGAAAAAGGAGAACCGGGCAGAAUAACAUCAGUCAAUGGAGGAAAAGGGGAAGAGGGUAAGGAUGGUGAAAAAGGUGAAGUUGGAUCAAGAGGAGAAAAGGGGGAGAAGGGUGCAUUUGGUCUACCAGGCCUUGCUGGGAAGAAAGGAGAUCAUGGUGAAACAGGAACUCCAGGAGAACCUGGUGAUAUUGGACUGCCUGGACCUUUGGGCCCAAAAGGAUCAGAAGGGCAAGAUGGAUCCUCUGGUAUACCUGGGCUCAGAGGAGUACCUGGUGAAAGAGGAGUUAAAGGUGAAAUGGGUAAUGGCGGAGAGAAGGGAGAACGUGGCCUAGACGGAUUUCCUGGGAAAAUGGGUGCCCCUGGAAAAGAUGGAUUCAAAGGAAGCAGUGGAUUACCUGGUGUUAUUGGACCCAAAGGUGAAAAGGGUGGAAUGGGUCCUCCUGGAAUUUCAGGAGAUGCAAUUGAAGGCAUGAAGGGAGAAGCAGGACCCCCUGGGCCCCGGGGACCUCCAGGGCUAACUGGACCUGCUGGGCCACCAGGUCCUCCAGGUGCUGAUGGAGCAGUGGGAGAGCCUGGGGUACAAGGUCAGAGGGGCAAGAAAGGAGAAGGUGGUCUGCCUGGAGUUGAUGGAUUGCCUGGACCCCCUGGACCACAAGGACCUUCUGGAAACUCUGGGCCCCCUGGAAAAACUGGACCUCCAGGAUUACCGGGUGAAAUCGGAUUUUCUGGGAAACCAGGAGAGCCAGGCAAGCAUGGUAUACCUGGAAAAGAUGGGUUGGAUGGCUUUCCGGGAAACGAUGGACAAAAGGGUCCACAAGGAGAAAGAGGCCUGGAUGGUUUACCUGGGAAGCCUGGUCCUCAGGGUGACAGAGGUUCUGGUGGCCCCGAGGGUCCCCCGGGAUUGAAGGGAGAGGCUGGUCCUCCAGGUGUUCCAGGAUUAACAGGGCUGAGAGGAGAGAAAGGAGAACAAGGUGACCGUGGACAAGUUGGACCCCUGGGUCCAAAAGGUGACAGGGGAGACAAGGGUGAUGUCGGAGUGGCUGGUCCUCCUGGGACCCCAGGAAAUGUUGAAACAGUGAUCCCAGAGCCUGGAAAUCCAGGAGAACCUGGGCAGCAAGGAGAGAAAGGAGACCGAGGACAGACAGGAGAUCCAGGUCCGAGGGGAGUCCCAGGUGAAGAAGGAUUGAAGGGGCCACCAGGAAACCCGGGUCAAAAAGGGGAGUCAGGACUCAGAGGGGAGCCUGGAGUGAAUGGAGACGCAGGACCACCUGGCCAAACAGGUCCACAAGGUCCACGUGGUUUACCAGGCAAUGCGGGUCUACCAGGGAAUGAUGGCCAAUCUGGAGUAGAUGGACAAAAAGGGGAAAAGGGAGAGGCUGGUAAGGAAGGCAGGCAAGGCUCAGCCGGACCUCCAGGGGAGCCCGGUCCUGCUGGAAUCCCAGGCUUACCAGGCAAGGGGAAGGACGGGGAGCCGGGAGAGCCUGGAACACAUGGAUUGGCUGGACCCCAGGGGCCGAAGGGGGAUUCCGGAUCCCCUGGGAUGCGUGGACUUCCUGGAGAUAGAGGUCCAUCUGGGACUGGGUUACCUGGGAAACAGGGAUCACCAGGAACUGCAGGGGAAAAAGGACCCCAGGGCCCAAGAGGUGUACCUGGAGUAGCUGGUCCCCAGGGUCCGCCUGGGCACAAUGGUUUACCUGGAAGGCCAGGUGACAGAGGAGUUCCUGGGGAGCCGGGUUCAACAGCUCAGAUCUCUCAAAAGGAACUUGGCAUCCUUCUUAAGGAUGUGUGUACCGAUUGUCCACCUGGACCUCCUGGGAUGCCAGGUCUCCCUGGGUUCAAAGGCGACCAAGGUUUGACAGGUCCACCUGGGAAAGAUGGGAAUAAUGGGCACCAGGGGCCGCCUGGGCCUCCUGGUCCUAUAGGUCCACGUGGGAUGGACGGGAUGAAGGGAGGCAGAGGAGACCAAGGGGCUGCAGGUGAAGCUGGAGAAAAAGGCGAGACGGGAUUCAGAGGAACACCUGGCUAUCCUGGCGCAGUCGGCUUAGCAGGCCAACCUGGGUUAGAUGGAAUCCCAGGGGCUGUAGGUCCACCCGGAGCCCCCGGAGAGAAGGGCAAAGAGGGUAUCCGUGGGAUACAGGGUCCACCGGGACUGCCUGGGCUGAUGGGAAUGACAGGAAAGAAUGGAAAGGAUGGAAAACCGGGGGAGACUGGGGAAUCGGGUAAACAGGGUGAGCCAGGGCUUCCGGGCAGAGACGGACUAAUAGGUAUUCCUGGUUUUAAGGGACACAGAGGGGAGCCUGGUCCCCCAGGUUCCAGAGGGGAAGCAGGCAUGAUGGGAGCAGUGGGACGAGCUGGGCCUCCUGGGAAAGAUGGUGACCCUGGUCCACCAGGUCCACAUGGUCUCCAAGGGCCAAGAGGGGAUCAGGGUAGAGCCGGACCUCCUGGUGCUCAAGGGAAAGCAGGCGUUGCAGGUGCUCUGGGUCCUAAGGGAGACAAAGGAGAUUCAGGUAGCCCAGGACUACCGGGCUUUUCAGGACCAAAAGGACCCCCAGGACCACCUGGAGAGUUUGGGCCUCAGGGAAAAGAUGGGGUGCCUGGCAAACAAGGAGAGCGUGGAGCCAAAGGAGAAAGGGGGGAUAAUGGUGUAAAAGGAGACAAAGGGUUGCAUGGAGAUACAGGGCUAGACGGAGCUCCUGGGAUGAAGGGUCACAAAGGACACACAGGGAUGAUGGGAAUGACGGGGCCUGUUGGAGAAAGUGGCCCCCCUGGGCCUCCAGGUACUCCUGGUCAGCCUGGCUUCCCUGGGCCUCGGGGGGAAUCCAUAGCGAUGGAAGAACUGCGCAGACUUAUUCAGGAGGAGCUUGCAAAGCAGCUAGAUGCUAAAGUGGCCUACCUCAUGGCUCAGAUGCAGCCAGCACAUGUGAAAUCUUCUCCUGGCCGGCCCGGUCCCCCUGGUCCUGAAGGCAAAGAGGGGCGCCCAGGAAGCCCAGGUCCCCCAGGAGAGCCGGGAAGCCCAGGGCUGAAUGGUGGAGAGGGUCCCCGAGGACCAAUGGGUCCAAAGAGCGAAAGAGGAGCGAAGGGUGAGAGGGGAGAGACUGGAAUUGGACAAAGAGGAGAAAUAGGUCCCACUGGGGCUGCAGGUAUCCCAGGCGCCCCUGGCUAUGGAAAAGACGGAAUGCCUGGAACAGCAGGGGCCCCGGGAGAGCCAGGAAACCCUGGCCCGCCUGGCCCAAUUGGACCUCCAGGGCCCACUGGACAGUGUGACCCCUCUCAGUGUGCUUACUAUGCAAGUCUGGCAGCCAGGCCUCCCAAUGUCAAGGGGCGUUAAACCAGUAAACCACAUACAGAAACUGCAGAGGGUAGAGUAAUUCAUGAACUUGGACUUGUAACAAACAAACUGUUUUCAAUACCCAGUUUGGGAUUUACUAGCAACAGUUGCUGCCGGUCAGUUUUUUUUUGGUUUUUUUUGCCAGAUAGUUUGUGAUUUUUGUCUUUAUUGUCAGGGAAUUCUUAUUAAUAUAAUGUAACAAUGAUACUUGUGCUGUUGUGUUCAAAUAGUCAGCAGUGGCUAGACAAAAUGGCCCUCACUGUUGCAUUCUUUGCUUGUGUCAUGACUUUAAUUAAGGGAAUCACCUCUAGUGUUUUGCUAUCUUAGACAAAUACCGUUGGGCCACAGGCAUUUUACCACAGUUUUCAAUUCUCUUAAGAGUCGGAGAAUUGGUUUAAAACUGUGUAUGACUGCCAUAAGUUCAAGUUCAGGCAGAUUGGUCAGUGUCUGCUUGUGACACAUGCUUGGUAUUUAGACUCCGUGGGGUUGGAGUAUUUGACUUUGGGUAAUAAAAUAAUUUGUCUAGCAGACCUUGACUUGGACUAAAGUAAUACAUCUUUACAACGUCUGCAAAGGCUGCUCUGAUUGUGUUGUGAUCUCAGCAUGCCAACAACAACAACAACAGAAAAGCCAAUAAGCAAUAGAAAAUGUAAUAAAAAAAGACAUUCUUUUGACAAUGAUGUUGCCACAUGCAAACUCUAAGCUUUCUUUGACCAAUUGAAAAUGCUCCACUUGAAAUCGAUGAAUGGUUUUGAGACGCAAAGUAAUGCAUCUCAGAAAUUAGAUAACCGUUUUUUCUUACAUGCUAUUAUAAGCUUUUUAUUAUAGGUUAGCAAGUCUAUUAUGACAGAGGCACACUUUUACUUCCUUCACAAAGUUGUGUACUUGUGUAACUAGAGAGUGUUCUUCACAGCUGCUUUACGGCUCAGGGUUUCAGCUCUUUUGCCCUGUACCCGUUCCACUGACAAUACGGGGCUUCUGAACCCUGGGAUUUGUGCUGAUUCGACAGCCUUUAUGCCAAUGGUUAAGGAGAAACAAAGUUUAUUUGCUGCCUAUAUAUUGUUUUUAAUUGUAGCUACUUGCCUAGUAACUGUUUAUUGAUUAGAAACUCUCCUGAUUGUAUGCCAAGGCCAAGAAUUAUUACUCCAAUGAAGAAAAAAGUACAAGAAUAAUUCAUUACAUUUGAGUCUGUUUCAGGAUAAAAGUGACAGUUAGUGUCCCUAAUGCAGUCCCUGGUGGACUGUUACACUCGAAACCCAGACGGCAUACCUGUCAGUAUUCAUGUUAGAGUAGGUCAUAAAUACAGUGUCCUGAAAAAAGUGUCAGACCACCACACAACCCUGACAUAUUUAGUAUUUCGUGGGGUCACCACAAGCGUGGAUGGCAUUGGAAAGCCAGCAGCGUAAUCCCUCUCCGUGUAAAAUGUCUGGAUUCUUCAUAUUUUAAUUGACUUUCCACGUCACAUUUCACACAGUAAGGUUUGGAGGUCUGGUUAUCUAAGUGCUUUCCUUAUUGCUCUUCACACUAACAUGGCUUAAGCUUUACAGGGUUGUCAGCUGUUGCUUGCUUUUAUUAUAUUUUUUUCAUACCUUCUAACCAUGAGUAAUUUGGAAACCAGCAACACUUUACAUGGUACAGUGCUUUGGAUGCUGUAUAUCAGGACUGGUCCAAGAAUUCUUCCAAGACUGGUGUGAGGAAAGAACUCUGCUUUUUCUCCAGUUCCCUUGAGGUUGUGUUUAUACAUAUUUGUGGGAAUGACUAGCUCCACCUGUACUCUUAGAAGCACAUACUGUAGCGGUCAUUGUUUUAAACCAUCGCAGUAAAAAUCUUUUUCUAAAUGCUAAUACCUAAUAGCGCCUGAUGUUGUUUGUUAAAUGUCCAACAGGAGGAAAGUUGCUGAAUGGAUGACUUUGGUCCUGUGGUUAUUCACAAAAUCUUUAUAUAAAACAUUUUUACAUUGACUACAGUAAAUGACAAGAAUGUGUUAGUCAAUGAUCCUAAUAUAAAAGAAACUGAAGUCUUGUCAUGCCCUAAACAUUGCAUGAAGAAUAAAUAUUCAGCCACCAAAGAAAAUACUCAUAUGCUUCAGCUUUAUUUUAAUACAUUGCAGCCCCUGCCGGUUUGAUGCACAGAAAGCGCUAAACUAUUUAUUAAAGGUGCAGAUUUUGUUUAUGUUUUGUUGUUUUUUGGCAAUAGUGCCUUAAUAAUAACACUUUGUUGUUGUUUUCCCUUUCCUAUCAUAUGUUUGGGCUCUGAAAUGUAAUUCAUUUUUCAUGUGUAACUAUAUUCGGCGGCUCGUUAAGGCCAUAAAAAAAAGCUUUGUUAUGUUGAGAUCAUUUCUCCCAGGAUCUCAAGAAAAUAGAAGUGAUUAUGUUAGUUUUCAUGACAUAAUUGAUCUAUUUUAGGAAAACUGAAUUUUCUCGAGAGCCUGAGAUAAAUUAUCUCAUGACCUCAACAUAAUGAAGAUUGUUUUUUGUUUUUUUUAGAUGGCCUCAAAGACCAUGUUUGUUAAAUUAUUUUAAGGGACUCUACAUGGUUUCAAGUUGAACUGUAACGUGUGCUGCACGUAUAGAAUGGUGCUAUUUUACUCUGAUUUCUCCUCUUCCUUAUGAAAAUGCUAAACUGCAAUCUAAUCUCUAAUAAAGUUUGGUACAGGUUCAUUUUACAUAAAA